GAGUUACCCGGCCGAGAGGGCACGGAAACACCCGGCCGGAGCCGCGGCCGUGCGCCCGCACUGUAAACAAUGAGCUCGGAAGCGGCUGCUGCAGCUCCCGUGCCGUGAAGACCGGAGCCGCGCUCCGCGGGAGGAGGAUGCGUGCGUGGAUGUGGAUGUGAGCCGUCGCUCGGCGCCUCUCCGGGAUGCCGCUGCCAUGGACGCCGGCUGCCGGCGGGGAGCGCAGCCGGAGCCCAGCCUGACCCCGCCGCAGAGCGGGGUGUGACACCGGAGCUUUUUUUUUUUUUUUAAUUACUAUUUAUUUAUUUCAUUAGUUUUUAAUCGGCUUGCAGUGAUUUGUGGCUCUGCGUUUCCAGCCACCCGCGUCUCUGCAUCCAUCCAUCCAUCCAUCCAUCCAUCCCUCUCGGCGCCGAUGCCCGCUGCCUGAAGGGCAGAGCCAUCAUGUACCUCCUGGACAGCAGCGAGCCGCCGGCCGCCGCCUCCUCCUCCCCCGAGAGGAUGCAGCGGGGCACCCCGCAGAGGAAGACCGUGUACCGCAUCUCCGUGACCAUGGUGAAGAAGGAGCUGCUGGGGCCGGAGAGCGGCCGCGCCGGCCCCGAGCUGCCCCGGCGCGGGCGGAGCCGCCCGCCGGGCUCCUCCAGCCUCACCAGGGCCGGGCUGCUGCUGCUGGAGGAGGAGGAGGGCGAGGAGGAAGGCGAGGAGCGGGACAGGGUCCCCAGCCCCUGCGGCUUCCGCACCUUCCGGACGCUGAGCACGGGGCAGCUGGAGCUGGGCCGCCUCAAGGUGCCGAGGAGAGCGGGGCCGCCCGUGCCCGGCGCGCCGCGGGGCAGCGCCGCACCCGGAGAAGCCGCGGCGGCCGCCGCCGCAUCCCCGCCCGGAGAGGAGCGAGACAAGGACGAGGGGCCCGGGGAACCGGCCCCGGGGGAGCGGGGCCAGAGCCCGCGGCGCCAGCCGGGGCUGCUGCGGCGGAGCUUCAGCUUUAGGCACUGGAGCGGCGGCGGCGGCGCGGAGCCGGCCCGGGUGCGGCGGCACAGCAGCUCCGGGUGCCUGCCCGGGCCGCCGCCCUCGCCGCCCGCCGCGCUGCCCGCAGAGCCCCCCGAGAAGCGCAACACGCUGGAUGUGGGCGAGGUGCUGAGCCAGGCGGACCCGCUGUCCCGGCUGGAGCGCUGGGAGCGCAGCAAGAGCAAGAACCGGACCCUGGAUAACAGCGACCUGCAGCGGCUCUCGGAGCGGCUGGGCCGGGAGAGCCCCGCCGCCGGCACCGAGCACCGGCUCCUGCGCUUCUUCAGCGGCAUCUUCGCCCGCAGGGACGGCCCCGCCGCCCUCUUCGGCAGCCCCCACGGGCGCUCCCCCCGCAGCAGCUUCUCCAGGUCUAGGGCUUAUUUUAGCAGCCUCAGGAGAGCCGCCGUGGACAUGCAGUCCAGCUCCGAGAGCAUCAAUGGCUCCCCCCAUAAAGAUGCCUUUGUAAACAGCCAGGAAUGGACACUGAGCCGAUCUGUACCGGAGCUGAAAGUGGGGAUCGUGGGUAACCUGGCGAGCGGGAAGUCUGCACUGGUGCACCGCUACCUGACGGGCACCUAUGUCCAGGAGGAGUCCCCUGAAGAUAUGGAUGCAGGUGGGAGAUUCAAGAAGGAGAUAGUGGUUGAUGGACAAAGCUACCUGCUGCUGAUCAGAGAUGAAGGAGGCCCUCCAGAAGCACAGUUUGCCAUGUGGGUGGAUGCUGUUAUCUUUGUGUUCAGCUUGGAGGAUGAAGUCAGCUUCCAGACUGUUUACCACUACUACAGCCGCAUGGCCAACUAUCGCAACACUAGUGAGAUCCCCAUGGUCCUGGUGGGCACCCAGGAUGCUAUCAGCUCCACCAACCCCCGUGUCAUCGACGAUGCCAGAGCCAGGAAGUUGUCCAAUGACCUCAAGAGAUGCACUUACUACGAGACCUGUGCCACCUACGGCCUCAACGUGGAGAGAGUCUUCCAUGACGUUGCCCAGAAGAUCGUUUCCACCAAGAAGAAGCAGCAGCUCUCAAUCGGACCCUGCAAAUCUCUGCCCAACUCUCCGAGCCACUCCUCCGUGUGUUCUGCCCAGGUUUCUGCCGUACAUAUCAGCCAGACCAGUAAUGGAGGAGGGAGUUUAAGUGAUUAUUCCUCCUCUGUCCCAUCAACUCCAAGCACCAGCCAGAAGGAGCUGCGGAUUGAUGUUCCUCCCACUGCCAACACACCAACUCCUGUCCGCAAACAGUCCAAGCGCCGAUCCAACCUCUUCACGUCUCGGAAAGGGAGUGACCCAGACAAAGAGAAGAAGGUCCUGGAGAGCAGAACAGACAGCAUUGGAAGCGGCCGUGCAAUCCCAAUUAAACAGGGGAUGCUGCUGAAGCGGAGUGGCAAGUCCCUGAACAAGGAGUGGAAGAAGAAAUACGUGACACUGUGUGAUAACGGAGUGCUGACCUACCAUCCCAGCCUGCAUGAUUACAUGCAGAACGUUCAUGGCAAAGAGAUUGACUUGCUGAGAACCACGGUGAAGGUCCCUGGGAAGAGGCCACCCCGAGCCACAUCAGCCUGUGCCCCCAUCUCCAGCCCCAAAACCAACGGCCUCUCCAAAGACAUGAGCAGUUUACACAUCUCGCCAAAUUCAGGGAACGUGACUACUAGCACAUCUGUGUCUCAGAUGGCCAGUGGGAUCAGUCUGGUGUCCUUCAACAGCCGCCCGGACGGUAUGCACCAGCGCUCCUACUCGGUCUCCAGUGCAGAUCAGUGGAGCGAGGCCACAGUCAUUGCCAACUCUGGCAUUAGCAGUGACACUGGCCUGGGAGAUUCAGUGUGUUCCAGCCCCAGCAUAUCCAGCACCACCAGCCCCAAACUGGACCCCCCUCCUUCCCCCCACGCCAACAGAAAGAAGCACCGCCGGAAGAAAAGCACAAGCAACUUCAAAGCUGAUGGCAUCUCGGGCACGGCUGAAGCCAAACGCAAAGCUUGGAAACUAAACCGUGUUGGUAGCCUGCGAAAUAUUUACAGCAGCAGCAGCACCAACACCGAAGAACAAGAAGAAAACUUCGAGUUUAUCAUUGUCUCUCUCACGGGCCAGACUUGGCACUUCGAAGCAACCACCUACGAGGAGAGGGACGCAUGGGUCCAAGCCAUAGAGAGCCAGAUCCUGGCCAGUUUACAGUCCUGUGAGAGCAGCAAGAACAAGUCGCGCCUGACGAGCCAGAACGAGGCCAUGGCCCUGCAGUCCAUCAGGAACAUCAGAGGCAAUUCCCACUGCGUGGACUGUGAGGCACAGAACCCCGACUGGGCCAGCCUCAACCUGGGAGCCCUCAUCUGCAUCGAAUGCUCAGGGAUCCACCGCAACCUCGGCACGCACCUGUCGCGGGUGCGCUCCCUGGACCUGGACGAUUGGCCCAUCGAGCUCAUCAAGGUCAUGUCAGCCAUUGGCAACGAGCUGGCCAACAGUGUGUGGGAGGAGAACAGCCAAGGCCACGUGAAGCCCUCCCCAGACUCCACCAGGGAAGAAAAAGAGCUCUGGAUACGUGCCAAGUAUGAGCAGAAGCUCUUCCUCGCCCCGCUGCAGUGCCUGGAGCUGUCUCUGGGCCAGCACCUGCUGAGGGCCACGGCCGAGGAGGACUUGCGGACAGUGAUCCUGCUGCUGGCCCACGGCACGCGGGACGAGGUGAACGAGACCUGCGGGGACGGGGAUGGGCGCACGGCGCUGCACCUGGCCUGCCGCAAGGGGAGCGUGGUGCUGGUGCAGCUCCUCAUCUGGUACGGUGUGGACGUGAUGGCGCGUGACGCCCACGGGAACACAGCGCUGGCCUACGCCCGCCAGGCCUCCAGCCAGGAGUGCAUCGACGUCCUGCUCCAGUACGGCUGCCCUGACGAGCGCUUUGCCCUUAUGGCCACCCCAAACCUGUCCAGGAAGAACAACAACCGCAACAACGGCGGCGGGAGGAUGCCCACCAUCAUCUGAGGGGAGCUCGCUCGCACGUUGGCCGAGCCGAGUCGCAUCCGCAGCCUCACAUUCCUCCAUCCCCAUCGCAGCUCCGCUCUGUGAGUCUGGUAACUCUCCUUCUCCCUUUUCCCUUCGGUCCAUCCCCGAGUCCCAGGCGGAAGGUGGAGAGCGCUAGGGGCCGAGGAGGAGCGCGGGGGGCAGGCCGUUGUUUGGAGGGCACAGGGCCGCGGUGGCAGCGGCGGCGCCCGGGGACACGGCAGGGCGCCGAGGGACGGGCGGGGGGAGAGGCGAGCCGGAGCAGAAGGAAGGAGAGACGGUGACUUUCCCUAACUGACAGUGAAGCACAUCAGAACAUUUCACCUCUACCGAACGCGGCGACGCCUGGAUUUCCAUUCUCUUCUCCUGAAGAGCUUGACGGCAUAAAUCAGAAGCAAGCACAGAGUUUGUCAGGUUUGAAGCUCCUAUGAUGGUAUGUGUCAAAUCAGUUGUAGCUAAUCUGUCCGGGGAGAAUACUGGCUUCAUUACACUUGUAUAGUUGAGUUCUUCCAGCAUUACUGCUGUUUAAUAGAACAUGAUUAGUCAUCACGGAGAAAAAAGCAUAUUAGCUGAGGAGGUAGUUACAUGGCACGCUUCGGUGAUUGCUUGGAUGUGAUUGCAAUAUUCUUAGAAGCAUCAUAUUAUCUCAGACAUGUUCUUUCGAGCCCUUGGAGCCCUCCUUUCUAAAUUCACUGUCAUAAUUUAGUAUCUGUUUAAUUUUUCAGUCCAAAGAGAGGAAAUGAGUUGCUGAGUGUUAUUUGACUGCAGUCUCCUUGGUGUAAAAACAAAAUGGAAAAAAUAAAUAAGAGUAAGCCUGAAACACAAAAAGGAAUAAUGAAUACCGCUAUGGAAAACAACAUUUCAAGUACGUUUGGUGAAAUUAAUAAACGCAUUAAAGGCUAAUUUUUUUUUUUUUUUGGUUAUGUUUUCAGCCAGCAGAAAUAGGUUCUGUCAUUUUGCCAAGGUAAAUCGUGUUGAGUUUUUGGUCACUCCUGUGAUGCAUUGCCUAACUUAUACAGAUUUUUGUAUUGUGUCUCUAGAUUCUAUGUAUUUAAAAUCUAUUUGAAUAAAAAAAAGACCGUAAAUAUACAUUGAUUUUUUUUUGUACAGAAAAAAUGACAUCUCUGUUAAUUUAUAAACUGUAAUGGAUGUGAACUAAAUAAUGUGCAACUAGUUAGGAUCUGUGGGUUACAGAUCAUUAUUGUACAUUGAUAAUAUUCCCAGCAGUGAACUCUUCUUUCCAAAGCCUGUGAGGAGCAACAUAUCAGAAGGAGAUCACGGCACGUUUGGCACAGGGAAGGAAAAAAAAACAUGUGAGAUCUUUUAGAAGGGAAAAAAGAGGCUGUUCCUCAGCACUGUAAAUAUAUUUUACUCCAGAAGUCAGGAAGCUUUCACAAGCCAAGACAAAAAGGCCCAUUCUGGCUGGGGGAAGAUCAGAUUUGAUUAAGUUCAGAAUUGAUAGCCUUCACCACGGCGGGCAGGGCAGGCUGCGCUCCGCUCCCAGCCCGGCUGCUUCGCCAAGAAAAAUGGCUUGUGGAAGUGGCCUGGACACUUCAUUUCAAUUCCAACUUUUAAUACUUGCUUGGAUUAUUUUGGUCUUACUGGGCGCAUCCCAUCUAGCAGGAUUCUGGCAUGCUGAAGCAGAGGUUUUGGCAGGCAGAAAAGUGAUUUUUUUUGUUGUGUUUUUUUUUAUUUUAAUGGCAUAUGGCAAUGUGGGAAUGGGGGCACGUUUAUCAUGGUGAAAGUUGAAAACUCAACUGAAUUUGAUGGCAAAGGAGCAAUUGUGUGAAGGCAGUGAGGUGCACACAGCACAGUAAUUUGCAAAUCUACCUGCUCCUGUGUAUUUCCCAAGCCUUGGUGGUGCUCUUCCUUGGACUUCUGGGUUUCAUUCAGCACACAGAUGGGAGGAGCAGCUGAUAAAUAAACUGAAUGUGGACAAAAUGUAAAGGAAAAAAUGUGAUGUGAUUAUCUUAAGGAAAACAAAACAAAACAAAAAAAUGGAAAAAUUAUGGAUUUGAGGUAAAAUUGUGACUGAAAAACCAUUUUCAAGCUGGAAGCACAGGAAUAUUGACCAGCUUCUCCUCUUUGGUGGUGUUGUCCUUUUGUACUUUGUUAUUUUCUAGACCUUGGAGUAUUUGAGGGGAGGGAAUCUUACUCCAACCAGCCUAGGCUGACUGCACCAGACACAACUGAUUCCCUUCCCACUGGGAUACUUCAAAAUAUUUGAUUUUUAUUUUUUAAUUCAGAACAGGUGUCUGUUUGAACUGCCAUUUCUCCACCAUUCCUGAUGUCUGGUACUUACAGGUGGUCCCUCAGGGAGGGGACAGCCCAGCUGAUGUGCAGCUGAAGGGGAUGCUGUGAAACCCUCUGUGUGCUGGUGCUGGGAAGCUUUGCCACAGCAGGGAUUCAGGAAUGGCAAUCCCAGAGGUGCUAGAGCUACCUGCUGUUCCCCCCGGGAACAUCCAGGGCAUUUGUAUCCCAAAAACCAAGUGCAGUGUUUCAGACCCAUGGUGGGCAGAGUUCUCAGUGCACGUUCUGUGUCAGAGCUGGGUUUUUUCCCUAAUUGAGAUUAUUUUCUGUACAUUGUUUGAUGCUCUCUCUGGGCCACAUUCCUCUGACAAGAGUGAGGGUGAUGUUUGAGAAACAAGGGCAACCAGGCAGAUUUCAGGUAGACAGAUUACAUGGUCCUUUCCUAAAAAUCUUCUGAGGGCAACCCUUGAAAAAGCACAGAAUAUUUUUAGGAGAGCAAAUUCCAGUGUAUUACAGGAAAAAUUAUGCAUCCAGGCAAGCCAGGUAAUACUUUAAUUAAGUGGUAACACGGUUUCUUUUACCUUAAAUGUGGUUUUCCCAUGUGUGUUUGCAUAACUAUGUUGAACAGUGUCGAUGGUGGAGUCUGUAGGGAGGAUUCCCAGCCCUGCACGUGGCAGAGCUCCCUGGGAAAGUCAGGAGAUCCCAGAAUAUCCAGAGUUGGAAGGGACCCACCAGGUGAGGUCACCCAGGGCUGUUGUCACCAGGUCACUCCUUGCAGGCUGCAGGACAGGGGGAAAGCCCCUCCCUCCAAGGCAGGGAUGGAGGAAGCUCUCCUUGGCUGGAUCCUGGAGGGGCUUGGCUUCGAGAGCUCCACAGGCUUUUCAGGGGAUGUGUUUGCACUUUGCAGAGGCUGCUCUUGGAGCCAUCCAGGUGCAGAACCAGGCAGCAUCUCCUGGCACUUGGAGAUCCCACAGGAAUUGUUCCCGUUGCUUUCACUCCAUUCUCCCCCACUUUUCCCCUUCCUUGUCUCGUGUUUAGCCACUCUUGUUGCUUUUUUGGAGCCCUCUUGCCAGGCUGUUCACACCCUUUGACCUGUUGGGAACAAAACAAGCCCUAGCUGUGACCCAGUCCAUGAGAAAUCCCAGCAGAAACCCGGCAGCCAAAGCUGUUUUCUCUGGAAACGGAGUCUGUGGCACUGGUUGUCUCUGCACCCGCACUCAACCCUUCCCCUCAUCCCAGAUACCUUGAAAUCCCCCUUCCUCUGCACUUUAUCCAUGACUAGAACACUAGGAGCAAGUCAGCCAUUGCUGUUUCCAGACUUCCUCCUCUCUUUGGCUAAUUGCUGUGGAAUUCAGUCGCAUGUGUUACACCUGAGCCUCGAUAUUGCCAGGGAGGGUUCGCUUCUCCUUGCUCUUCAUGAAGGAAAAAAGACCUAACCUUGGGAAAAUUCAGGGUCCUGCCCUGAAUGCAAAGAUUUGGCCAAAGGCUUCUGUUACCAGAUUUCCAAUUUUGGUGGUAAAAAAGGAGAAGGAGGAAAAAAAAGCUUGGAGAACCUUGGUGCUGCUCAGAAAGCUGGGUGAGCUCCUGCAAGGUGGAGAGGAUUUUGAAGCAUUUGGGCACAGAAUAAAAUAACCAUGUAAACAUUACCAUUGUUUAAUUCACUGUCUUGUCCCCCUUCCCUUAAAUUAUGUGUGUUAGUGAAAAAAAAAAUAAAUAAAAAGCUUUAGCUGCACUUGGAGAUUUCCCUGGGCCAGAGGAGGCCGAGUCAUGUAGGGAGAGGAGUCGAGGUGGGAAUGCAGAUCCGCGCUUGGAAGUGAUCUCUGGCACUGUAAUGUAGAAUAAUUAGAUUAUAUGGGGUUGGAAUAGCUUCAGCUUUUAUAUUUGUAUGGAGAUCAGGAGAAAUGAAGUAAUUUGUAGUUUCUAGUAUAAAGCAGUGGUAGUGGAGACAAGCACAGAUUUCACAAGGGGGUCCCCAGGGGGCCCUUCCCAAACGUCUCGGGGAGCCGCCUUUGCACCUUAACAGGGAUGGGUUUUGGGGUUUGUUGUUGGUGAAAUGGUCAUUUCAUGUUUGGUUACGUGGUUGUUGUCAACAAGGGGACUCGAGGGAAAGGAGGAGAGCAUUGGGGACCAAACUUUGGGGCAGCUUGGCUGGAGAGGAGAGAACUUCCCCACCCUCAUCUAAUUAUCAGGCAUCUUCCUUCCCCCUGCAGAGGCUGCUACACCCAUCCUUAGGUGGGGGCUCAGUUCCACACCUUCCAUUCUCGAUGAUUUGUGGGUAAAAUUUACUGUGUAGAAAACCUGCUUUUGGAUGUUCUUGUGUUUGCUGCACAACAGGGAAAAAAAAUAAAAUGCUCGGGCGUAAAGCUCUUUUCAAGGUAGAAAAAAACACUGAACUACCCCAAAUUAAGAGGUUCUGCAAUGGGUUUUGUUCUAAGCUGCCAAAAAAAGAAGGUAGGCUUGAAUGGUUUUAUUGGAAAAUAAUCUCCUGUUUGAGAAAAAUAAUAGAGGUCAUAGAGCAAAGCAUCCAAAGCUGUAGACGGGUGAAUUUGUUGGUUUAGGAUAUUUGUAGGUUUUGCUUUGUUGUUUAGCAUGGGCCAGUUUUUAAAGUAAAUAUUGGGACAGUUUACCUUGAGUUGACUGAGUCUGUCCCACACUCUACAGGGAGGCUUGAGGGGGUUUGGCCAGGAUUGUCAGGAGCUGUGAAUAGUUCAUGUUUUGAGAGGGGAAUUGCAUGAUUUCAGAAAAGUAAAAGGUUGAUUUGGGAUUUUUUUUUUUAGGGCCAUCUUCAGCCCCAAAUCGCCAAGCAUGUUUCUGGCCCCAUGUUUCAUUUCAGGGUGACAGCAAGAUGUGUGGGUGAAUGAACUCCCAUCUUUACUCCCAUGUUCAGGGUGGAGAAUUUUGCUUGUGGAUGGAUAAAAUAAAGAUGUCUUUGUGCAUUUCAGCAGUUUUAACCCCUUCAUCUCCCCGUGCCUGCCCAGAUCCCAAACCCCCGUGGCUCACUCAGGCUGCAGUGGUUCUGUUGGCAGGCACAGCCUCAGCUUUCCCUCAUCCAUGGGUUUUCUGGAUGUGGUUUUAUUUUAGCUUCCAGUGCUAAGGACUGGCUGUUUUGCAGUGCUUCAGAGCUUGUUUUUACAUCUGUGUGUUCUGUACAAAAUGUGAAAGGGGGGUGGGUGGGGGACGCUUCAGGGCAUGCUUUGGGGACAGUGGCCACAUUGCUUGCUGGCAGUGAAUGCACCCUCAGCUCUUCCCCACUUUGCAGAACUAUCCAUGUGGGUUUUGUUGUUCCUGGGAGCUGAAGUAGCCAAAAACACUUCCCUGGUCCUCAGGAAUUGCAGGGUACGAGGAGGAAAACCCCUCACAGAGACAGCUCAAUCACACCCCCUCUGUGCUGAAGGCAAACUCCAAACUCCUGCAGGACCAAGGAAGGGUUUUGUGUUCAGUGUUGGGUUUUUUGGCAUCUGCAUGCCGAGUGUAGGGGUUGAGCUGAGUUGAACCAGUGGAUGAAGUGCAGCCAGGGUGUCCUGAGCCCUCAGGUGUCACCUGGAGGUCACUUUGCACUUGCUGUGCCUGUGUGCUGGUGCCUGCUCCUCACACUGCUGUCAGUGAUUGUGGGAAUGCCCUUAAUCACCAACAGGAACUUUGGUUGGAUGUUUCCAAAGGGACAGCUGGAGUCAGACCAGCCACUUCCAAGGAAGGGGGACAUUGGCUGGAGGGCUGGACAGGUGCAGGGUUGCUGCAGCCUCAGAGGUUUUCUGAAAAUCCAGCUCCUUAGCUCCUUCAGGCAGCAGCUCCAGCUUGAGAAAACCUUGAGCUUGGCCUCCAGGACUGAAGGGUAGAAAUCCCAGCUCGCUAGCCCUGAGGGUGGGAAGCUCCAGGGAAGGAGAUUCUGAAGGUAGAAAGGACAGAGUCUUGCAUUUCUUUUUAAUAUGAAUGUGCUUAGACUCAUCUUUCUGGCUGAGCCUGAGUGUGGGACCUGCGAGCUGCUGUGGUCCUGCUGCCUUUUGGGGCUUUUGAGGGUAACAGGGAGGUGUUUCCAAGUGAGAUGUUCUUAGGAGCCGUCUCCAGGUGGGUUCUUCCCCAAGGGCAGCUCCUCAUCCCUCCCUCCACCUGUUCUUGGCCACAACUGGCUCCAAAAUGUGGCUGUAGGGGAGCCACAAACCUCAGCUGCAGUGAGCUCAGGUGCUGCAGUCUGGGAAUACCUGACCCAGCCUUGCUGGCACCAUUUCUAUCCUGGAUUUGGUUUCUUGUCCUUCCAGGGGCAAUCCAUAGUGAGAGGGCAGGUCUGGCAGGGCAGAAGGAGCUGUGGAGAGACCAUGCCUGAGUGUGCAGAAAUGAUGGGAGGAUCUUUCAUUUCCUGCUCCCUCAAUUCCUUUGAAAUGCUGUGGAAAUUCCACCCCACUGGUUUUUUUCCUGAGGUAACCAGGGACUGAGCUGGAUUCUCCAUUGAAUCUGCUGAGGAAAAUAGGAUGUUCCCAUCCUCUGGAAGCACGCAGCUUCAUGCAAGUCCCAAGUUUCCAGGGCUUGUCCCAGCUUCCUUUUACUGUGUCACUGUCAAGAGCACCUUUCACCUGUAGACUGCAUGUGGGUGCACAGCCUGAGGGGUAUUUGGGGGAGGAGAGUCUGCUAAAACACCAGGGACUCAUUUUGGGAUGUGUUUGACUCGGCUUGGAAUGGCCAAGAGCUGGGAUCUGCAGCUCCUGCUACCUCCAAACCCCUUGGCUUCAGCAGGAUUGAGCAUAUCCCAAAUGCUUGGCCCACACCUGAGCAUCUCCAGCCUGUGGCAAAUCCAAUCCUGCAAAGGCUGGAUUUUGUGUUUAGCCCCCAAAUCUUUCAAGCCUUUCUGCUUUGUGGUGUUUGUCUUUCCAGUUGAGUAGGGAGGGAGCCCAGGUGAGCAGGGGGCACCUGCUCGGGGUAGAGGCAGGAGAUACCUAGCACAUGGCAGGCUUCAUAGCAAGUUUUGGGUUGUUGGGGUUUGGUUUUUUUUGUUUUGUUUUCUGUUACUGUAAAUAAUAAUGUAUAAAUGAUGAUGAGACAGUGUGGAAAUUCUAAAAAAAAAAGAAAAAAAAAGUCUUUUGUUGUUGUUUUUAUAUUACCUCAUCCAGCAAGUUUGUUUUACAAUGACUCGAUGAUGCUUUAUUUAUAUUGUUUGUACUGUAAUUAAACCGAUUGACAAACAUUUCACUUUGCUUGUUGUUUCCUAUGAUUUGGGUUUGAUUAAGUAUGCCAGUUUGUAUUAUGUUCCCCUUUCCUCUCUCUCUCUACACGUCGAGAUUUUUUGUGUCAGCUGUACAGUAUUCUGAAUAAUUAAAAAUAAAAAUUAAAAUUAAAAAAAAAAAGGAACAAAAAAGCUGUAAAGUACUGCAGAGAGAGGCUGCUAUAUUGUAUAGGUCUCUUUCUAAUAAAGACAAGAAAACUUGUUGGUCGCA